AUGCUGAUGUCUAUAUGUCCCGGAAGUAGUCACUGUCCCGGAAGUUUUCUCCUGGCUUUACCGACAGCGAGAAAUGAUGGCGGGGGAUUCUUCAACCGAGCUUCUUUUUCUAGACACGUUUAAGCACCAGAGUGCAGAGUUAACCAACGUGGAUGUGGUGCGGUUUCCUUGCGGGGUGCUGAUCACAGAGGUACGAGUCAUUCCUCCAGGGAUCAAAGCGCACAGCAACCUACCUGACAACAGAGCAUUUGGAGAGACGUCUCCUCAUGCCUUCCAGCUGGAGCUGUUCUUCAAUAAUGUCACUAAACCCAACAGCCCCACCUUCCACAGACUGGGCAGUCUGGAAUAUGAUGAGAAUAAAUCCAUCGUGUUCAGACCCAGUGGAAAGAUCAAUACAGAUGGCCUGGUGCUGCGUGGCUGGUACACCAGUCUGACUGUUGCAGUGUACGGGACAGCAGAGCGUCCACAUAGCCAUGAUCAUGACUCGCCCCCUCCUCCGCCACCUCCGCCCCCUCAACAGCCAAGUGGACUAAAGAGGAUCGUUAAACAAGAAUGGGAAAAAGAUAGCCAGUACAAUGGCAGCCCACCCAGGCCAGCACCCAGAGGGCCUCGCACUCCACCUGGACCUCCACCCCCGGAUGAUGAUGAGGAGGAGGAGCAGCAAGUCCAAGCGAUGGGUCAGAGCUUGGGCGUGGUCAAAGUUGAACAAUGUGAGGGCCGUGACGACUACCUGGAGGCCGUGUCACCAGAGAGGUCUCUACCUGCUGAUGAAACAUACUCUGAUGCUGAACAAGAGGAAGAGGCUGAAGAGGAGGAGGAAGAGGAGGAGCAGGAGGGGGAAGAAGAUGUGCGGACGGAGGGGAGCGUUGCAGAGGAGGAGGAGGAGGAAGAAGAGGAAGAAGAUGAGGGUGAGGACGAGGAAGAGGAGAUGGAGGAAGGUGAUGAUGAUGGUUAUGAGCAGAUUUCCAGCGAUGAGGACGACCUGGAUAAUGGUAACUUCAAAUUGCCCACCUUCGACAUGGACUACACUCCUGAGGACCUUGCAUUUGUCCCGCCUGUCCAGUAUGACCCCUAUGAACGAGAACUCAGACCCCUGCUCUACUUCAUCCCGCCAUACAAGACUCGUUUUGAUACCCAGUUUGAGAAGGCCAGUAUCGAGGAGCCCAGAGAUGCUGGUGGCACAGAAGGACCUGCAGGUGGAGAGGAGGCUGAAGCUGUUAACCAACUGAAAGAGCUACUAGCUAGUAUUGGUGAUGACAGAGAUGGCCGCUGGGUCACUGGGCUGGAAGAGGCACCUGCGCUACUGGCCAAAGGGUUGGCUUGUUUAAUUAAAGAAGGAGAGGGAGAGAUUGAGGAUCCUAUUGGGGUUUUAGUCCAGUGGGCUCUCCAAGCUCUGAGUAUGGAGGUUGCUCUCACACAACCCAUUGCUCUUAACCUUAGACAGCUGAAAGCUGGUGCUAAGCUGGCAUCAUACCUGGCAGAGUGCCCACAAGGGCUCACAGUGCUACUGCGUGAAGGCGCUCUGGGUGUGCUAUUGGAGCUUCUCCACACGGACCAUGUGUCCUCCACACUGAAGCUGAGCAUCCUGAGAGCUCUGGAUGCUCUAACCAGUGCUCCAGCUGGGGUGGAGGCUUUCCUACAUACAGGAGAGUCAGAGAUGAGUGGCUAUCAGCAUCUAGUCCAGCUGUUCCUGCAUGAAGAAACAGUCAGGGUCAUAACAGCUGGAAAUGCCAUAUUACAGAAAAGCCACAUGUAUGAAGUGCUUGUCAACCUACAGCGUGCGGCAACAGCAUGCAGUGAGCCGCAGCAGGAGGAGAUGGAGGAUGCGGAGAGUCCCAUGGAGGAGGAACCAUCACUAAGCUUCCCUUCUGUGAGCGAGGCAGAGCUUGAUAGGCUGGCAGAGGUUCUGGAAGAGUUACAUCACCUGCUGGAGACCGCCCCUCACUGCAUGGUGCAGCCGCCUGGGAAAGCCUUCCCCACUACUGCUAGAAUAACAGGACCGCAAGAGAGGGAUGAUCCAUACCCAUCAUUGUAUAGGUAUAUGCAUGCAUGCCGUUUCCUGGAGAGCACAACAGUGGCACUGUCAGCAGCUGCGGCAGCUGGACACUUAGGUGUCACCCAAGCAGUUAGAGAGCUCCUGCGCUUCCUGUCGCUCACUCAGUCAGGUCUGCUCUUCCUUCUCGCCCAGCCCACUCCCACUAACUUGCUGCUGCGUCUCCUGGCAUCAAUGGCAGAAACUGAGGGCGAGGAGAGCACGUUUACAGGAGGAGAGGGAGCUCUCACAGGGCCAGUGUAUGGUGAAGAGGGCUUCGGCGUGUGGCUAAUGCAGGCACUGCAUGCUCUACAGAGUGUGUCAGAGCUCAUGAGCCAUGUGUCCACAGGAGGAGAUGGAGGAGCCGGGCUGGAGGAAGGUGACAACCCGGACGUACUGAGCAUGCUCCAUGCACUCUACCUGAUGACCUUUACACAGACUGGUCGCAGUGCUGUGGCCCAUGUCUUUAGCCUGGACAGUAACUUGUCCUGUCUGGUCACCCUGCUCCAGCACUACAGCAAGGAUAUACAGGGAGAGUCCAAGGCUCGCAAACCAGUGACGUAUAAUUAUGCCUGUAUGCUGGUGCUACUGGUCGUGCAGACCAGCAAUGAACUGCGAAUGAUGGAACAAUAUGCUGCUCCACUCCUAAUCUUAGCUAAGGCUGACGACACAAAUGCUAAGUUGCAGGAGCUCAGUAAAUGGCUGGAGCCUCUGGAGAAACUUCGCUUUGAGAUAGGCAGCAUUCCAACCCUCAUAGACUACAUCAAACAGAAUCUGGAGAAUGUGUUGGCUGCUGAGGGAAGUGGACUGGUCACUGCUCUUAGGGUCCUCUGUCACAUUGCCUGCCCCCCACCUGCCGUAGAAGGUCAGCAGAGGGACCUAAAGUGGAGUCUUGCAGGGGUCCAGCUGUUCUCAGGCGAGGGUCUGGAUACAUGUGUGCGUGUCCUGCAGAAGCUGUGCACUGUGUUGCUUCAGCCAUGGCGUGUGCACGGACACAUGGGCCCCACGCCACAGCGUUGCAUGAUCCUCAGUAUAUGCAUCAGCACGCUCAGGUUGUUGCGCACCAUGCUGACAGAGCUGCUCCGUGGAGGAGCUUUCCAGUUCAGGGACACUCGUGUGGCCAGUGUGUUGGUGUCACUCCACAUGAUAGUGUGCUCCAUCCCUACAUCUGGACGUCUGGACGGAGAGGAGACCAGAGUGCAGGCGCUUAUCGUUGAUGUUUUACUCACCUUCACACAGGGUGUCAAUGAAGAGGUGACUCAUACAGAAGAGUCUCUUGCCAGUAACACGUGGUCCCUGAUGCUAAAGGAAGUUUUGGGCUCACUGCUGAAAGCUCCUGAAGGUCUGUUCUCUGGCCUGACACUGCUGUCUGAGCUCCUGCCUCUUCCACUGCCAAUGCAGAGCACUCAGGUGGUCUCAGUCCAAGAUGUGGCUGUAGCCUUAAAUACAAGGAAGCUGUGGAGCAUGCACAUACGGGCACAAUGGAAAGUGUUUUCUGAGGCACUGAGGUGUGUAUGUGCCACUAGCUGCCCUCCUCUCCUAGCAAUGCUGAGGAGAGUGUGUGUUCAGCUGGCAGACUUGUCUUCACCCAGUGCAACACUUAUAAUGAAGACCCUGGUGGAGCUCCUGCUGGAGGAGCUGCAGCCUGCCGAGGGGAAGAGUGUGUGCUGGGGCCAGGUCUUGCGUCUGCUUUCUUUGAUGGAUGCCCUGGUGUCACAGAGAGCCUGUAAGAGUGCAACGUUACACCUCCUGUCUGGGUCUGUGUCUGGAGAUGAACAACUGGCCGAUCUGUUCCCGUUGCUUCUGUCACUGUUGGUUCCUCCAGCUGACCACUCCUUACAACAGCAGCAAUGUAGUGAACUUGUGGGGACAAUAUUACAGUCACUGUGUGACCAGGACAUUUCUCUGGUGGUCUCUCCACCUGGUGAAAGCUGCGUGUCAGAGGCUGAGCAGCUGGCCAAUGCACUUCCGGGGCGAGAGAUGAUGUCAUCAGUGUGCAGCGCCUUGUUGGAGGUUUUGGGGAAUGCAGAGAGUAGCCUCUCACUCCCCCUCACUUGUAUCAGGACUUUAACAUUCUUGACAGAGCAUGAUUAUGGACUCUACCACCUCAAAGUUGCUCUGAAGAAACAUGGAGCGAGUCUGUGCUCGCUGCUAAAGAGGCUUGUGUGUCCAUUCAACAAGGACUCAGCAGAUCUGCUCUCAGCUCUGCUUGACUUCCUCAGACAAAUUCUCAAUACAGAAACGGUGUGUGUUGAGGAGGGUCAUGGAUCCACCGAGGAGCCUGCCUUCAAUGCUCCUCCACGGUUGUUGUCGGGUUCUGAGAUGAAAGCUCUGCUACAGUGGGAGGAGUCUGAGUCACACCCGCUCCCUACGUUAGAGAAACAAAUUACGAAGCUAUGUAAAGAAGAUGAUUCACUGGAAACCAUGUUGGAGAAUGUGAUUGUUCUGAGGCAGACACUAGAAACGGCCACAGAUACGCCUCCUGCAACUGAAACAGAGCCCACUUUGCCAGCACCCGAGACACUUGGGGCCCAAUUUAAUCAUAGGUCAGUGUUCAUUCUGUCAGAAGCUCUGGAUGAGCAGCUGAAGGCUCUGUGGUUCUCUCCCUUCCAAACUGAUGACAUAGAAACAGACCUUGAUACGGUGAAAGUGGAUUUGGUUGGUUUGGCUCAGGAGUGUUGUCCAGAACUGGACCUGAAGGCAGAGCUGGAGCGCUCCUUCCUGUCUGAGCCCUCCUCUCCUGGUCACACCAAGACUCCAAAAGGCUUCCGACUGGGAAAGCACAAGCAUGAGACAUUCAUUACAUCAAGCGGUAAAUCAGACUACGUGGAACCUGCUAAGAGAGCCCACAUCAUGGCUGCUCCACGUGGCCGUGGAGGCCGAGGAGGAUUUGGACAGAAUCUCACCCGACCUCAUGAUAUCUUCCGUCAACGCAAACAGAACACUUCCCGUCCUCCAAGUAUGCAUGUGGAUGACUUUGUCGCAGCAGAAUUUAAAGACAUUACAACCCCUCUUGGACUUUUGCCCCCUAAACGGCCUCCUAAAAGUUCCCCCAAACCGCCCACCAGAGGACUGUUCACUGGCAACAGAGGCAGAGGCACCUUCCACAGCCAGACUCGCUUUUUCACUCCACCACAACCUAAAGGUGUACUGCUGUCUGGCAACUACACUCGCAGAGAAGGAGGCCGUGGUUCAUCAUGGAGCGGCCAAGUUCCAGCUGUCACUCACAGAGGAACCUACAGCGAACCGCGCGGAGGCCAGAGCAACUUCACACGUGGACCGCUGCCCUCCAGACAACCCCCAGCAAGUGCGUAUCGUCUGGCUCCACGAGACCGAGCUCUGCGGGGAAGAGGAGGCAUCGGGCUGUCGUGGCUUAGCGGNNNNAGAGGAUCUCAGGGGAGCAAGUUCAGUGGGGGAGGGAGUGGAAGUGGGAGGGGCAGACAUGUUCGUUCCUUCACCAGGUAAAUUCACCUGGGCAUUGACUGCAGACUUUUAUGGCAGCAAAUGGACCAGUCAGAAUAUUAUAUAUACUGUCUCCAUGGAAACAUGGUAGGAUGAUGACGUCGCAAUGACAUACAGAUGCUGUGUUAAUGUUUUCUUUUGUUAUUGUGAGUUGUAUCCAAAGAAUAAAGGUGAUAGUAAUUGA